CCUAAUUCGUCAGCUUGAGAAGGGAACAUGGCGGCGUCCCUGAUUUGCGGCCGAUUGUCGGCUAGCCUGAGAAAUUCUGGGGCAAGAUCGACGCUUAACACUGCAUGCAAAGUGCUGGGCGGUUCCUCCGGCCUUCUUGGGGCUCAGCAGCAGCCACCCCACCUUCAGCAGCAGCAGAAGAACCUCUCCCUGCAUGAGUACAUGAGCAUCGGCCUGCUCAAAGAGGCUGGCGUCUGUGUGCCCGUGGGCAAGGUUGCCAGCUCACCCGAUGAAGCCUACUCUGUUGCCAAGGAGAUUGGCACCAAGGAUCUAGUGGUGAAGGCUCAAGUGUUGGCUGGAGGCCGAGGCAAAGGCACCUUCGAGGGAGGUCUGAAGGGAGGAGUGAAGAUUGUCUACUCUCCAGAGGAGGCCCGGGACAUCUCCUCUCAGAUGAUUGGCCGUAAGCUGUACACCAAGCAGACAGGCGAGCAGGGCCGUAUCUGUAACCAGGUUUUCAUCUGUGAGCGCAGGUACCCCCGCAGGGAGUACUACUUCGCCAUCACCAUGGAGAGAUCCUUUCAGGGCCCCGUGUUGAUUGGCAGCUCUCAGGGGGGCGUGAACAUCGAGGAUGUGGCAGCGGAAAAUCCCGACGCCAUUGUGAAGGAGCCAAUCGACAUCAUGGAGGGAAUCAAGAUGGAACAAGCUGUUUCGAUUGCCACAAAGAUGGGCUUCCCUGCUGCUCUGAUUGACGACGCAGCUGCUAACAUAAUCAAGCUCUACAACGUCUUCAUGAAGUUUGAUGCCUCCAUGCUGGAGAUCAACCCCAUGGUGGAGGACGCCUCUGGCCAGGUGAUGUGCAUGGACGCCAAGAUCAACUUUGACUCUAACGCAGCGUAUCGCCAGAAGAAGGUGUUUGACAUGCAGGACUGGACCCAGGAGGAUGCCAGGGACCGACAGGCAGCCAAGGCUGACCUCAACUACAUUGGCCUGGACGGAUCCAUCGGGUGUCUGGUGAACGGGGCUGGUCUUGCCAUGGCCACCAUGGACAUCAUCAAGCUGCAUGGUGGCACGCCCGCCAACUUCCUGGACGUGGGGGGCGGAGCUACAGCCCACCAGGUGAUGGAGGCCUUUAAACUCAUCACCUCUGACAGGAAGGUGCAGGCCAUCCUUGUGAACAUCUUUGGUGGCAUCAUGAGGUGUGACAUCAUCGCUCAGGGCAUCAUCAUGGCUGUUACAGACCUGGACCUGAAGAUCCCCAUUGUGGUGCGGUUACAAGGAUCCAGAGUGGACGAUGCCAAAGCUUUGAUUGCCGCUAGCCCACUGAAGCUCCUGGCCUGUGACGAUCUGGACGAGGCCGCUAGAAUGGUUGUGAAGCUUUCUGAAAUAGUGUCGCUGGCUCAGGAGGCUCAUGUGGACAUCUCUUUCCAGCUGCCACUCUAAGCCAUGCCCCUUGACUCUACGACCCCAUCUGAACCCUGACACCCCACCCCUUGAACAACAAGAAGAGCCUCUCAUUACUGAGCGAAUACACCGAUACAACACAGCCCACCAACUUCUGUUAGUUCUGUUUCUCUCUCUCUCUCUCUCUGUGGCAAGGCUCCAAAAUGCACACACACAUACAGGUAAUUGCCAAAUUAAAGGAAACUAAGUAAAUGAGGGAUACAAAGUUGCCUGACUACCCAGACUCCUUGUCCUGCAGGAGUGCCUUAUAUUGAGUGGUCUGAGAAUGGGAGAUUGGGUAAGAAUGAGGGGGGUUUAAAGGGGAGAUGCCCAUUGUAAUGACAGCUGCUAGGUAGUGACACUGGACUAAUACUUGGCAAACACUUCAGCUAAGAAAAGAGUUGAUGGAAUGUAAAUCGCUUUUAGGAGUACCUCUUAUGUCAAUCAUUUCAUCUCCAUGCAAUUUGAAAUGCAUAGCUGAAUAGUGGAUUGUUCUGAGUCUGGCGAGAGAGACUGACUAAUACCUGGAUAAAAGCAUCGGAGUACUCUCCUUUACUCCUGAACUAGUAAGAGUUAUUUGUGAGUGUUUAGUGUGUGUGAUAUCUAAACUACUGCUUAUCUGGUUGACUGCAUGUUUGUGUAUUUGUCUCUUCCAUCCCUUCUAUAGGACAGUCUCCUAUAUAAUAGUCUGCCACCAUGUCACAGGAACAACCUUUCUCACUCUGUUCCGGUACAUAUGAAUGGGGGGUGGGCCGUGUCCACUCAACUGUUAAAAAAUUGUACUGUAGUUAAGUCUUCUCUCUAUUUCUCCGUUCCUCUGUAUCUGUUACUCCCCAGCCCUUAGAACACAGAAACACACUUAUUGUGAGUUGUAAGACAUUUAUUAUAUCUUGUAAAUAUCGAGACGGCUGUUCUCUUCUAUAAAAUAUUUAUGCUCUCUUGGAGUAAAAAAAAUAAAAUGAAUAAAUAAGGAACACCCAA